AUGGCGCCCAACCUCUUCCUCUGCCUGCGCAUGGCCUUCUGUCCUGUGUACUGGUUUCAGCGCGGAGAGCGCAUUCAGGGUUCCAUCCACAAGGAGGAACACUGGGAAUCCCCCAUUCCUGGAAUCUACAAGUACAUUCCCGGCCGCGGAUGGCACCUGAUCUGCAAAGAUGGCAACGAACACGAUGAGAAAGUUCCGGUGCCUCUAGUUUACUGUCGCAUCCUUCACCGCCACAUCUUCGAAACAGAGAUGGAAGAUCGGUGCCAGUGGCACACUGUCCACGACGGUGCUGAGCCCGAAAAGUUCAUGUUCUUCCGCUUGGACGAUGGCAACACCUGGGUGACCGGAUGGGACUCCAAGGGCAAGUUUAUCCCUGGUCCCUACCAGAAAUGGUACCUUGACUCGGAAACGAACACCAUGCGUCACAUUCUGUUCCCCGAGAGCGCCAACGUUUCUCGCUGCAGCGUCCUGGCGGACAAGUUGGCUUGA